UUCCCUAUAUAUAAGAGUGAGUCUGAGUCCCCACUAUGACGUCAUUUCCUACCUAUAUAUACGAUCCCUUCCACCACCAUAAUUCUCGGUUUAAGAAAAACCAAAAACACAAACAGAGAAGGAAACAUUUCGAAGAAGCUUCUAAAAAUGGUGGCCAUAUCUGAGAACAACAACACUCUCAAGUUCCUCUGUAGUUACAGCGGCAGAAUCCUCCCUCGUUCUAUCGACGGAAAGCUACGUUACGUCGGCGGUUUCACCAGAGUACUCUCCGUUCAUCACUCCAUCUCUUUCACAGAGCUAAUGUCGAAAUUGGAGGAGUUUUGUGGAUACGCCGUCGAAUUAAAAUGUCAAUUACCAAACGGAGAUCUCGAGACACUGAUCUCAAUCAGAUCAGACGAAGAUCUUCUCAAUAUCGUUGAAGUAUACGAUCGUGUACACGGAGGCAAGAUCCGUGCGAUUUUAUCGGUUCCGAAGCCGAUGUCUUCGCCACGAUCUAGCGGAGAUCUAUCACCGAAAUCGCCGUUAUUCUCCGUCGUGGCUUCUCCAUCACCGCCGCGAUACUGUUUGGCAUCUCCUUCGGCGGAGACUCUUCUUCUCAGUAGGUUCCGUGUGAGAACUGGUGAAUAUUCUCGUUGCUGUAACUGCCGUGUUCACAACAGAGACUCUAAACUCAUCUUUCAAUAACAUCGUUGACGGAGAAAAAUCACAUAAUGCCUUAGGAUUAAGAAAUAAUUGUAGAAAAUGGUGUGUUGUUGUUUUAUGAAGAAUUAUGAAAAUUAGUGAGAAUUUUGGCGGUGAUUAAAACGGAGAAGAUGACGGCGAUUUUUU